AUUUUUUUUUUUUCUAGGUACACAAAAAUGAAGACUGCCACCAAUAUCUAUAUUUUCAAUCUUGCAUUGGCAGAUGCCCUAGCAACAAGUACCCUGCCAUUCCAGAGCGUGAAUUACUUGAUGGGAACUUGGCCAUUUGGCACCAUCCUUUGUAAGAUUGUUAUAUCCAUAGACUACUACAAUAUGUUCACCAGUAUCUUUACACUCUGCACCAUGAGUGUGGAUCGCUAUGUAGCUGUUUGCCACCCAGUUAAGGCCCUUGAUUUCCGUACCCCCAGAAAUGCCAAAAUUGUCAAUGUCUGCAACUGGAUCCUUUCUUCUGCCAUUGGCCUGCCGGUUAUGUUCAUGGCAACCACUAAAUACAGGCAUGGCUCUAUUGACUGCACACUAACAUUCUCCCACCCUGCAUGGUACUGGGAGAACCUCCUGAAAAUCUGUGUGUUCAUCUUUGCCUUCAUUAUGCCAGUCCUCAUCAUUACCGUAUGCUAUGGGCUGAUGAUUUUACGCCUGAAGAGUGUUCGCAUGUUGUCUGGCUCCAAAGAGAAGGACAGGAACCUGCGGAGAAUCACAAGGAUGGUUCUUGUAGUGGUGGCGGUGUUUAUUGUCUGCUGGACUCCCAUCCACAUUUACGUCAUCAUUAAAGCCUUGGUUAACAUCCCAGAGACUACGUUCCAGACUGUUUCCUGGCACUUCUGUAUUGCUCUAGGGUAUACAAAUAGCUGCCUUAAUCCAGUCCUUUAUGCAUUUCUAGAUGAGAAUUUCAAAAGGUGUUUCAGAGAGUUCUGCAUCCCCACUUCCUCAACCAUUGAGCAGCAAAAUUCCACCCGAGUCCGACAAAACACUCGUGACCAUGCUUCCACUGCCAACACUGUGGACAGGACUAACCAUCAGUUGGAACUUCAAGAAGCUGAAACUACUCCACUGCCGUGACAGGGUCUCCGGCCUCAAUAGCUCUCAAACCAAUUGCACACCAGUGCCACAGUGUGUCUGGGCCGUAUGCUAUGGGAAUGUGUAGGAUACACUUGCUCUCAAAA